UGUUCAUUCCAAUAUUAGCGGACCUUGGGAUGUUUGAAUUUGUUUUAAUAAAUCCACUUUAAUAUAAAUUGGGUCUUGAUCUCUAUCCAGCAUCAUUCGCAUCAGACAUCUCGAAGAUCUCGAUAUCUUAACAACAUGAAGGUCUUUGCUUUUCUUUUCGUCGUUGCCUCUGUAUCUGCUAAGGGUUCAGGACCCUACCUUCCCAGUGGCUGGAAACCCGAAGGUCCCGCCUUCUAUCUUCCCACUGAAGUCGUGAAACCUGUGGCCUCUAAACCAAUUUCCGAUUUGAUUCUGGAUCUGUCUGAGGCCUCCGGAUCUGUCGCUCUUCAGGAGUACGGUCUACCAGCGGUGUCGCAAAACGUAGAACAGAAGCCUUCAGACAUUCCCUCCCAAGAACUGACCGGUUCUGAAGCUGCCAGUUCUAAUUCCCUCAGCGAGUACGGUCCGCCAGUGCUGUCUGAGAUCCUCAACCAAGGACUCCCCGAUGCAGUCACCGAACAGAACUUUUACGUUGAACUCAACCUUGCUAAUCCUGAAGCCACCUCAGCAGUGUCAGUAGAUCAAGAUGUUGUCAAAGAAUCGGUAGAGCAAACAACAGCUGCAAAUAUUGAAUUGUCCACUGAUGAAGAAAAAGAAGUCACCGUAUCAGAGAACGCCGGUGCUGAGGAUGGAGUGAGCGUAUAUAGUGAAUCACUUGGGAAUGUGGUAUCUGAAGGAAAUGUCGAGUCAACUGAGCUACCUGCACUUUCUGAGGUUACUGAGCAUCCUGAUCUACCUGAGCCUUCCACUCAGACACCUGCAUCAGUUGGUCAAGAAGUUACAGACGCCGUUCUUGAAGCAGAGCCAGUAGUUUUAAAUAUUCCAGAUAUCAUUGGCAGUUUGGAAAAUGGAGUCGUAUCCCAGCAGGUGGAAGUCAGCGCAUCCCUGAAUGAAGGAAAUUCUUAUGUAGCCGAGUCUGGAUCUCUGGAGCAGGUUCCGGAAGGUUUCCUUGAGUACGGGCCACCUGGUUUCACUGAGUACGGGCCUCCUCAGGGCGAACUCGUGGGUAGCUUGAACAGCCUGCAGGCCGUCGAUAGCAACGCGGUCAGGAGACGUCGUUUCUCACCUAAAUUCAGAUUCUCAAAGAAAAAUUGAUUGUGACAAGCGGCGAUCGGAUACACAAUACAUAAUAAUUACUACAAUAAAUAUAUCCAGUAUAUUCAUGAAUAAUAAAGCAUACUUAUUUGCAACAUUUAUUUCAUUUGAAUAAACAUUUGUAUACAAUAAUUA